CACCACAGAUAACGCAAAAUAAUCAGUUUUCAUUGGUGAUCAACAGAAGCCGCGUCGCGCCGAAACUGUGUAAAAUCUAUAAAUACCUACUAUUAGAACAAUAAUUACGUUUAAGAUUAAAACUUUAAAAUGAGUGGUCCUAACGGGAUGUUGUACGGUGGCGAUGAGAUAGGCGCUCUUGUGUUCGACCCGGGGCACCAUUCUCUAAGAGUUGGUUAUGCCCAAGAAGAUACUCCCAAGGCUGAUAUUCCAGCCGUAGUUGGCGUUGGACCAGCUACACACGUUCCUGAACCAGAAGAGAAGGUUCCAGACGGAAAUGUCACGCAAACCGGAUCCAAAGCGGGUAGCGAACUCCGUCACUACAUAGACGUGACAGAGCUACACGUGCCCCGAGCGGGCAUGGAGGUCCACACUUACAUGAAAGACGGACAGGUCGACAACUGGGACUUGUUUGAGAAGAUGCUUGAUUAUUGUUAUGCUAAGGUAAUCCGUUCCCCAUCAGAACACCAUCCAGCGCUCUUCACCGAAGCCGUCUGGACAACUCGACCAGCUAGAGAGAAGUUAGCAGAACUACUCUUUGAAAAAUACCAGGCGCCUGCCUUCUUCUUAGUGAAGAGUGCCGUGUUGGCAGCUUUUGCUAAUGGCAAGUCAACAGCCUUGGUGGUGGAUGCUGGAGCCAGUCAGACUUCUGCUGUUCCUGUUAUUGACGGCUACGCCCUUGUGAAUGCCGCUGUCCGCUCCCCAGUGGGCGGAGACCACCUCGCAGCUCAAGCUAAACAUAUGCUGACUAACAUGCACAUACAGAUGCUGCCUAUAUACAGCAUACAGAGUAAGGAGGUGAUAAGAGAACGUGAACGAGGCCGCUACACCCUGAAGACUUUGCCCGCAGGAUUGACGCACUCCUGGCAACAAUAUAUGCUGAAGAGGCAGUAUGAAGACUUCUGUCAUUGUGUGGCACAGGUAUCAGAAAGCCAGUACGACGAGCGGACAGCAGCAUCAGUGCCCUUCAGCCACUACGAGUUCCCCGGCGGCUACCACCAGGACUUCGGUCCCGAGAGGUUCAAGCUCACCGAGUGCCUAUUCGAGCAGUCUCUCGGAGCCCCGCAGUUAGUAUGCGCGGCGGCGUCAGCGUGCGACGCGGACGCGCGGCCGGCGCUGUGGGGCGCGGUGGUGGCGUGCGGCGGCCUGAGCGCGGCGCCGGGCUGGCUGCUCGCGCCUCGCUGUAUGUGUGUUGUUGUCGCCGCGUCGCUGUAUGUGUGUUGUUGUCGCAGUAUGCGCGGCGGCGUCAGCGUGCGACGCGGACGCGCGGCCGGCGCUGUGGGGCGCGGUGGUGGCGUGCGGCGGCCUGAGCGCGGCGCCGGGCUGGCUGCUCGCGCCUCGCUGUAUGUGUGUUGUUGUCGCCGCGUCGCUGUAUGUGUGUUGUUGUCGCAGUAUGCGCGGCGGCGUCAGCGUGCGACGCGGACGCGCGGCCGGCGCUGUGGGGCGCGGUGGUGGCGUGCGGCGGCCUGAGCGCGGCGCCGGGCUGGCUGCUCGCGCCUCGCUGUAUGUGUGUUGUUGUCGCCGCGUCGCUGUAUGUGUGUUGUUGUCGCAGUAUGCGCGGCGGCGUCAGCGUGCGACGCGGACGCGCGGCCGGCGCUGUGGGGCGCGGUGGUGGCGUGCGGCGGCCUGAGCGCGGCGCCGGGCUGGCUGCUCGCGCCUCGCUGUAUGUGUGUUGUUGUCGCCGCGUCGCUGUAUGUGUGUUGUUGUCGCAGUAUGCGCGGCGGCGUCAGCGUGCGACGCGGACGCGCGGCCGGCGCUGUGGGGCGCGGUGGUGGCGUGCGGCGGCCUGAGCGCGGCGCCGGGCUGGCUGCUCGCGCCUCGCUGUAUGUGUGUUGUUGUCGCCGCGUCGCUGUAUGUGUGUUGUUGUCGCAGUAUGCGCGGCGGCGUCAGCGUGCGACGCGGACGCGCGGCCGGCGCUGUGGGGCGCGGUGGUGGCGUGCGGCGGC